AUACACAUUUUAUGAUGGACCUCCCUUUGCCACUGGUCUUCCACAUUACGGCCAUAUACUUGCGGGGACAAUAAAGGAUAUAGUAACCAGGUUUGCACAUCAGAGUGGAUUCAGUGUUGAAAGAAGAUUUGGAUGGGAUUGCCAUGGCUUGCCUGUGGAAUAUGAAAUUGAUAAGACAUUGGGAAUAAAAGGACCUGAAGAUGUAGCAACAAUGGGCAUUGCUGAAUACAACAGACACUGUCGAGGAAUAGUGAUGAGGUACUCAAGUGAGUGGGAGUCUGCUGUUACCAGAUUGGGCCGUUGGAUUGAUUUUAAGAAUGAUUAUAAGACCUUGUAUCCUUCAUUCAUGGAAUCUGUUUGGUGGGUAUUUAAACAGCUAUAUGACAAGGGACUGGUCUACAGAGGAGUGAAAGUUAUGCCGUUUUCUACUGCAUGCAACACGCCUCUCUCUAAUUUUGAAUCACAUCAAAAUUAUAAGGAUGUUCAGGAUCCUUCUGUUAUUGUGACUUUUCCAUUGGAGGAGGACGAAAGUGUUUCCUUGGUUGCUUGGACGACAACCCCGUGGACCUUACCCAGCAACCUUGCUGUUUGUGUCAGCCCGGAAUAUCAAUAUGUAAAAAUCAAAGACAACUCCACUGGAAACUUGUAUAUCAUGAUGGAAGCCAGGCUAGAAGCACUGUUUAAAUCUGACAGUGAAUACACUGUUCUAGAUAGGUUGGUGCACA